ACUCAAGUCCUAUACGUCGCUACAAAAUUAAACGCAACUCUUAAAUUUGGUUGUAUUGAAUACUGAUUUUCAUAUUUGACAGCAUUGUCAAAAAAUUCGUAAAAGGGAGGACGGCGAUUUUAAUCACCAUAUUUUUAAUGUUUUGAUCGUUUUAUUUAUCGCAAUGGCUAAACAAUCGAUAGGAUUACUGUAAAAAGGUGAUUGCUAAUUGCUAUCAUACCGUGGAGACGAGAUAGGACUAGUUAAUAGAAUAUUUCGAACUAUGACAGAUACACAAGAUGAUACAAAAACCCCAGAUAAAGAAGUGCUAGAUGACGAAGCUCUAGAGAAAUUAGCAGUUGAAGAGCUAAUACGAGAAGCAGUUCAGGGUGCAGCAAGAGCGGAAAUUGUUGGCCCUUCAGGUUGGGUAAAAGCCCCACAGCAGAAGACUAACAAACGGUUUCUUGUCAAUACACUUCGGAAUGCUGUGAGCUCAAAUAAAUAUAAUACAUCACGCAAUAAAAAUCGGCAUUCCUACCAUAAAUAUCCUAAAAAAGACCAAAAACCUGAAACUACUAUAAAAAAGGACAAAAUUAAAAGAAAAUAUUAA